CGUCGCCCGACAUUUUCCAAUUCUUCGCAACGCUCCAUCUACGUCUUCUUCACCGCCCCUCGCAAUGACGUCGAUCGAUUCGAUUGUCAUUCAGAAGCGGCCACUACCGCUGCCAGAUGGAAGCAGCGACCCUCUUUUCAGUCGCAAAUUCAUCAAGAAGACGGCCAGAGGCAAAGUCCUCAAGGUGCACCGCGAACGCUACUUGCGCGAUGACAUUGCCUGCGGGUCGAAGAGCUGCAAAGAAUGUGCAGACAUCUACCAGAGACAUCCUCACCUGCCUCAACCCUGCUUGAGCGCAAAGGGUAUCACCAACAAUACCAAAGUGACAGCACCGCACUACCUCGUCCUCGAUACGAAUAUCAUCCUGCAUCAGAUGGACCUCCUCGAAAGCAUGCUCGGACAAGCAGACUCAGCAUCAUCCUCCUCUUCUACCUCAUCCUCCUCAACUGCCCUUCCGUCUUUUGUCGACGUCGUCAUCCUGCAGACCGUAGUCGAAGAAGUGCGCCAUCGCUCGCUGCCCCUCUACAAUCGGCUGAUGGACAUUGUCAAGGACUCGGAGCAUGCAGCACGAAUGGGAAGAAGCGAUCAGACUGCGGAGAAUAGGCGGUGGUGGAUUUAUUCCAAUGACUUUGCGAGGGAGAGCGCUGUAGCUCGUCGCGAGAAUGAGUCGCCCAACGACAGAAACGAUCGCGCGAUCAGGACCGCCGUCAAGUGGUACCAAGGCCACUCUCCACUUGACGUCGUCCUCCUCUCAGACGAUGCAGACAAUGUAGCGCGAGCUCAGUCGGAUGACAUCCAGGCCAUGAAUGUACGCGACUACGUAGCAGGCAUGCCAGCAGCGGACAAGCUCAGCGAUCUCAUCUCAUCGCGUGAGGCAAAGAGCAGCACAGACAAGGGAUCGGGCAUCCUCUAUCCUGAGCACCUGCCCGUAGGCCAGGCGACGGCAGCCAUUAAAGGUGGACUGCUCCACCAGGGCUACUUCAACGCCAGCGCAUUCAACUUCCUCGAGGCGACGGUCAAGGUGCCUCGCUACGACAAGCCAGUCAUUCUUAUCGGAAGGGAUAGCAUGAAUCGCGCCAUCGAUGGCGACGUAGUGGCCAUCGAGAUGCUGCCCGAGCAAGAAUGGAAGGCGUCUGCCGACGAUGUCCUGGACGCAGACAGUGCACUCAAGAAUGACGACGCAGAGGGGGAGGGAGAGGGCGAGGAAGACAACGAAGCAGUCGACGACGCCGAAGCCAAGCUGGACAAGAAGGAGAAGAAGGAGGCAACCUCAUCACGUGGAGAACGUCAGCCGACAGGCAAAGUCGUCUCGAUCAUUCGCCGCAACUGGCGCUCUUACGUCGCUCACGUAGAUGCCUCUUCAGUCCACUCGAGCGCUCUCGGCGCCCAAUCCCUCUUUGCAACCCCUGUUGACCGCAAAGUACCACGCAUCCGCAUCCGCACACGCCAGGCUAGCGAGCUCAUCGGCCAGAAGAUCCUCGUCGCCCUCGACGACUGGCGUCCCACUAGCCGAUACCCGGACGGGCACUUCGUGCGCGCCUUGGGAGCCACGGAAAGCCAAGCUGCGGAGCAGGAAAGUCUCUUGCUGGAGCACGACGUGCCGUAUCGCCCCUUCAGCCGAGCCAUCCUUGACUGCCUUCCACCCGAGGGAGACACCUGGGUCGUACCGCCCAAGGAUGCAACUCACCCAUCGUGGCGAGGUCGAAUCGACUUGCGCGACGAGAAUAUCUGCAGUAUCGACCCACCUGGAUGUCAAGAUAUCGACGAUGCCCUGCACGCCAAGCAGCUGCCCAAUGGCAACGUCGAGUGCGGAGUGCACAUCGCUGACGUGUCUCACUUUGUGGCCCCGGCUACGCCCAUGGAUGCAGAGGCCGCUUCGAGAGGGACGACGGUGUACCUGGUGGACAAGCGUAUCGACAUGUUGCCUCACUUGCUGGGCACGAAUCUGUGUUCGCUGCGACCCUUUGUCGAGAGACUGGCAUUUAGUGUGAUCUGGGAGAUGGAUCCGAAGACGGCCAAGGUGGUUGAUGUACGGUUCAGCAAGAGUGUCAUUGCGUCCAAAGCAGCAUUCACCUACGAGGCAGCACAGCUGCGCAAGGACGAUUCUUCGCAGACGGAUGCAAUCACGACUUCCAUCCGCCUCCUGAACAGUAUUGCACUCAAGCUCAAGGCGCAACGCAUGGCAAAUGGAGCCCUCAACCUCGCUUCACCUGAAGUGCGCAUCCACCUCGACUCGCCCGAGGCGGCCGGACCAAUCGACGUGGAGCAGAAGGAGAUGCGCGAGACGAACAGCCUGGUAGAGGAGUUCAUGCUUCUCGCCAAUGUAACCGUGGCAGAGAAGAUCUACUCCGCCUACCCUCAGACGGCAGUCCUGCGUCGUCACUUGCCUCCUCCCAGAACCAACUUCGAGGGAUUGCAGGACGUCCUCAAGAAGAGGCUGGGCUUCGAUCUCAACAUCGAUUCCAGUGGGGCCCUUGCCAAAAGUCUGGAUACGUGUACCGACCCCUCCAACCCUGCCCUCAAUACCUUGGUGAGGAUCAUGGCCACCCGCUGUAUGCUGUCAGCCGAGUACUUUUGCUCCGGCUCAGUACCUCGCGAUACAUUCGGGCACUACGGUCUCGCUUGCGGAAUGUACACGCACUUCACCUCGCCCAUCCGGCGAUAUGCUGAUGUGCUGGCGCACAGGCAACUCGCGGCGGCCAUCGGGCAUACGGGGCCGGGAGCGACCUUGCAUGCCAGUCUGGCGGACAAGGGAAACGUGGACGGGGUGCUCGACGUGGUCAACAAGAGACACAGAGGCGGUCAGAUGGCGGGUCGGGCUAGUGUGGAAUUCUUCGUUGGGCUGAGCAUCGCCAAGCGUAAUGAGGCGGCCAAGCAGGCGGCGGCGGCAAAGGGCGACAGCAAGGCUGCGGCGGUCGUGGCUGGGCAGGACUUCCGCCUCAGGGAGGACGCCUUUGUCAUUCGUGUCUUCCGUAACGGAGUCUCCGUCUUCGUUAACAAGUACGGACUCGAAGGGCUUAUCACGCUCCCUGCAAAGAGCGGGGUGCAGUGCGACUUGGACUCGGAGAAUUACACGGUCACUAUUCCGAAAGAGUUAUCGGGAUUGGGCAAGGAUGUCAAGCUUGGAGUGUUUGACAGGUGUACGGUGGCGAUUGGGGUCGAGAAGGAUAGGAGCACGCAGAGGAAGAGGGUAAGGAUGGAGUUGGUUUUGUGAGCGUGCGGCGGGAGGACACUGCAAGACAAUAAUCACAAGCAUGACUGCGACUGUGCGUGACAGAUAGAGUUUGGUAUUGAGUGAAG